AUGGUAAACCCGAUUAAAAGCAUGGCAUGUCGACAUGUUCAAAAUAUGGUUCAGAGUGUCUCUAAAUGUUCUGGAAACGAGGCUCCUUAUUCACCUGUCAUAGACACUAACUCUGAUUCGGCCUCUAGCUCCGUUAACACAUCUAAGAGCUGUAAAAUUUCAGGACAACCAGAGAAAAAAACCGAAUGUCACUCAGAAUCAGAUGAAAGAUGUCAUAGCAAAAAUUGUCUUGCGCCUAACAUAUCUAGUCCCUGUGCUUUCCAUUGCGAAGAAGAUCAGCAGUUACCUAUUAAGUGUGCACAAUCAAAAAAGAUUUCACAUGAAGACUUAGACGAUCGCCAGUCUCCGAAUGACUAUCUUUGGCAGAAGUUGGAAGCGUUGAUUGACCAGAUGAUCUCAGAGGAGGAUGGGAUUCCCGUCCGCAAUGUGAAAAGUCUUAUGUCCGUUAUUCCCAGUACAUUCACAGGUAGUGAUAUCGUUCACUGGUUGAUGGAACACACUGGUGCUAGCGAUGUUACUGAAGCAGUUCAUCUUGCUAGCCGUAUUGCGUCUAUGGGCUACAUUUUUUGCAUUGACGACCAUGUGCUGACAGUUAAAAAUGAUGGGCAUACUUAUUACAGAUUUCAAACACCUUUUCUUUACCCAAGUCGAUGCAUGGAAGCAGAUACUGCAGAUUAUGCUGUAUACUUGUGUAAACGCACUAUGCAAAAUAAACAAAGACUAGAGUUAGCCGGAUUCGAAGCUGAACGUUUGGCUAGUUUACAGAAUAUUUACUGUCACAAAUGGGAAUUUAUUUAUAUACAAGCUGAAGCAGAAGCUAAAGUAGAUAAGAAAAGAGAUAAACUGGAGAGAUUGGUCCUUGAGUCACAAGAAAGAGCUUAUUGGGAUUUACAUCGGCCUCCACCAGGUUGUAUCAACACAACUGACAUUGAUAUGCGUAAAUUAUGUCGUGCUAAACGUCCUAAAAAGACUCCAUCACGACCUGUGAAUUUCCCUAUUCCAAGUGGUCCAGAUGGAUCCAUUCUAUUCUCAGUUUUGGAUGAUCUGUCACCACGAGAUCGAAUAGCUAAACUUCAUGCUUGUUCACGUACAAGAAUUAAACUAUCAAAGGCUGCUGAAAGUUUACAAAACUAUUCUGAUCAGUACUCUGAAUUCGACCUAUUGUUAUUCACGUCAACAUCUGUUGGAUUUUCUUCUCCUUCGGGAACUGGUGUAAAUCAACCAAAUACACUUACUCCCACUGGUCAGUUGAUAUCAGGUGGUGGGGUGAAUACUAAUGCUAAUUCAUCAUCCUCAUCUGCUGUACCUGGAUCUAUUCUGCGUUCAUCUGGGGAUAAAUUGAUUCAUCAUACACGAAGUAUAUCAGCUACUGGAUUCAAUGGAAUCUCAUCAUUAACUUCUAUGUCACUUGCUCGUACAGGCAGUGGAGUAGCAAAUGGUGCACAAAAUGUUACUGCAAGUGGACAGAUUUCCAGUGGACAUGGUUCAUCUGGACAUAUGGUGAAUGUUGCUAGUGCACCCACUUCAGUGUAUGAUCCAACACAAGAACCAGUUAGUGCAUUGAACCCAUGGAUUUCAGACAAUCCAGAUUAUUGGAAUACAGAUGUGCGUCCUAAAUACUUGCCUAUACGUCGUAUUAAACGUUGGAGUUUUUCAAUCCAUGAAUUACUGAAAGAUCCAGUUGGUUUAGAAGAAUUUCAACGGUGGUUAGAAAAAGAAUUUUCAGCAGAAAAUCUAAGAUUUUGGCAGGCUUGUCAGGUACUAAAAGGUGCUCCUCUUCGUGAAGUUCGCCAAUCAAUAAUGAACAUAUAUCAACAAUACCUGGCACCGAAUGCAGUAGAACCAAUAAAUAUUGAUAGUAGGAUUGCUGAUCUAGUUCGACGUCAUAUUGACGAUGAAUUGAAUACAACACCGAAUCGAUAUUGUUUUGAAGCUGCUGAAGAGCAUAUUUUUCAUUUAAUGAAAUCAGACUCAUAUUGUCGUUUUCUACGAUCUGAUGUCUAUCGUGAAUUAUUUCGUGGUGGUAAGAAAAAAUCUAAAAAACAACGUAGUGUAAUAAAUACGAGUACUUGUUCAGCACCUGGUGGGGGUGGUGCAAUUCAGAUUGCUGCAUCAGUCAAUUUUACUGGGAUCGAGUAA